UCAUGAGCUCUGCUGCUUUCCCCACGGAUGCUGAUGAUAAUAGGAAUUAUUCAUGGGUUCCCGAGACGGCCAUUGAAGUUUUACACGCAGGUCUGGACCAUCUGGCAAACAGAGGUAGUCCCAGAUACAAAGUUGUAAAUGGUUCGCAUGUGCAGAAGGAAAUUGUGCUUUUAACUCGCUAUACGUACAAGGCAGAAUUGGAGAUCGAAUCGGAGAAGGAGUGCACUGUCCAAAUCGAGACAACUCCAUGGAUCAUCCUGAACAUCGAUAAACGUUGCAACAAUGAUAGUGUGGAUAUUCGAUAG